AAUAGUCACUAGCCCUUGUCCGCGCAAGAGUACUCGUUACAAUGCAGCUUCAGUUCCUGCCAGAAUCAGAAGACGCAUGGACAUGCUUGGCGCCUCACCAUCAGCCAUUACCCUAGGUCGCUAUAACCUCAUCCAGUGAUGAACUCUCCUGACGACCCAUCGCGCUUACCCGACACACCUCUGAGGACUAGAAGGGAUGGCUGCGGCGCUCCGAUGCUACCCAAAUCACCGCCGCUGGCGCGCGGCUCCCCAGGGCUGCGUAUGCUGCCAUCACCUAUGCUUGGACGUCGCGCCCAUGGCCGCGUCUCGGUAUCUCCUGGGCACCGUGGCCCUGGUGUGCUGGCGGCUUCCCCUUCACCGGGGCCGGCGCUGCUGGCUUCACCCAUGGGGUCUCCCCAGUGGGCCUCAAGCGAGGGCGCUGACGACAAUGGAGAGCCCCCUGGCGCCUAUGAGGAGCCCCCUGGCGCCCCUGAGAUGGACCGGCAACAGCAGGAGGAAUACCUGGCAGAGCUCGGCAUUCCUGCAGAUGUCGUGCGUGCGGCACAACCACAUCAUCAGCAGGAAGAAGAGGAGCUGGUCCCUACACUUCCCGAGAUGGACGAAGAGCGUGCCAGGCUGCAGUCGCGGCUGCCAGGCAACGAUGGCGCAGACAAGGUCCUCCGCUUCAAAACCGUCAGGGUGCCGCAGCUCCCCAUCGACCCCGAACUGCGCACGCUUGUGCUUGACGUGUGCCUUCGCGCCUUGGCGCAGAGGGAGGCGUCUCCCCUGGCUACCGAGUCAGCGGUCAAGGAGAUGCUGGCCACAACCUACCACGUCAUGAGCCGGCCCGGCGCAAGUGACCUGGAUCGGCGUGCUGCUCCUUUCCUCCCACGGACAUUCAAGCAAGCCUUGAGCUACGUGUCGGAUCUGUCCGCUGGCAUGUGCAAGUGGCCCCAGUUGUACCGGUACGACAUGUGCAAGUGCGGCUUCAUUUACCGGGGAGAGCACCUCAAGGACUCAACCUGCCCGGCGCUGGUCAAGGCGGCAGCCGGGCGGGCGGCCGAGGAGGCAGCGGACGAGCGGGAUGCGCGUGCCGCUCGUGACGAGAUGCACGACAUGCUGGACGGCGACCUGGUGAAGGAGGCGCUGCGGAAGGACCCGGAAUUCGCGGCGGACCCGCGCAACCUGCUUGUUGUGCUGGUGUCAGACCCGUUCAUCGUCCCCGCUGACGAGCACGAACGCUCAAGCACUCCGUUCCUGCUCCUUGUGGUGAACGCUUCCCCCGAGAACCGGCACACCCUGGGCUUCGCAACGCUACUGUCGCUCAUUGGCGGCAACAUCAAGCCCCCUGGUUCAAAGGUGGCUGACCCGCUCAACCCCAACCACAUGCUGGCGCUGAUCCGAGACGAGCUGAAGUACCUGGAGAAGUAUGGUGUCCGGGUGGUGGAUGGCCGCACCAACAAGCCUUUCACGUGCCGGGUCAAGUGCAUCAGCUUCAUCUCCGAUUACCGCGGCCUGCACAAGCACUUGGGCAUGAAGGGCUCGCCAGCUAAGUGUGCCUGCUUCAAGUGCUGGCAUGAGGGCCACAUGGUCGGGCGCAAGGCUGUGUACCCACACCAUGCGGCGCACCUCCCCAAUGGCCACCCGAUGCGUGGCAGCCUCGCGGGCCGGCACCUCCCUCCCGUCAAGGUGGUGCGGCGUCCAGCCGGUCGCGCACGGGUGGCGGUCAGGCCAGGCACAGGGGCAAAGCGCAAGAGGGCAGCGGCGGGUACAGCUGCGGUGCCUGCUGUCGGUGGGGCGGGUACAGCUGCUGCGGUGCCUGCUGUCGGUGGGGCGGGUACAGCUGCGGUGCCUGCUGUCGGUGGGGCGGGUACAGCUGCGGUGGCGGCUGAGGAGGCAGCAGACCGUAGCAGCGCCAGCGGCAGCGAGGAGGAGGCAAGCGAGUACAGCGAUGCUGAGGUGGAGCCCGCGGAGGAGGCUCGACUUUUGCGGCGCGAAACGGAGCGUGCUCAGCACCAGCAGCAGCAGCCGCGUGCGGGCGCGGCAGCUGUGGACCGCAACCUAGCACCGCCACCGGCUAGGCGGUCCCGAGCGGAGUUGCUGUCCGCGUGCAACGAGCCUGCCCCCAACCUUGCCCCUGUGGUGGAGCCCUGGCGACUUACACUGCAGGACCCACCUGGCGUUGCAUUCCCGCUGUACGAGCUGGACAGCUUCGACCCCGUGAACGGCAUCAACUACGAUGGCAUGCACACCAUCUACGGCGUGAUGCGGGACACUAUCGUUCGGUACGUGCAGUCCAUGCGCAAGCGGAGCAAGGGAAUGAUCGAGUACGACAACAAGAACGACAUCCUUGUGGUUGGUGGGCGCGGCUCCCCAGUCAUCGUCGAGAACUUCCGCAAGGCCCUGGCCACGAUUGCGACAAGUGCACCGCGCUCCAUCGCCGGCCGGCUCUCUCGCCUGACAACUGCGGGCAAGAAGGCCAAGUCCCACACAUUCUUCCUCCUUGCUGGGCCUUUUGGUGCGUAUGCCGUGAAGUCAGCCGGCAUGCAGCCACGCCUGGAGGCAGCUAUGCUCGCGGUCGUGAACGUGUGCUCCCUCUUGUGGGACAAGGUGCAGCGCCGCUCGGACCUUGGGCGCCUGCGGACAUCCGUGGUGGAGGCCAUCUGCAUGGUGGAGCGCAACAUGUCUGCAACGGAGCUGGACAUCAAGCUGCACAACGUGAUGCACCUGGUGGACGGCAUUCAACAGCUGGGCCCGCUGUUCACCCACUCGAUGUUCAAGCCCGAGAGCAUCUGGGGCAUGCUGGCGCGCUGGGCUCACAGCAAGCGCCACAUGGAGAUGUCCAUGUUCUUCAUGGCCCUGGAUCGCGAGGUCAUACUGCGCCUACAGCAAGAGCACACCUUCUGCAACGAGGCGGCGGAACGCCACCACCGUGCGCAGCAGAAGCAGUACGAGCAGGAGGAGAAGCAUGGCGGCCGAGCUGCUCCAGUGUCGCGUGUGGGCGCGGCGGGAGGUUGCCACUGCCAGCAGGCGGGCGCCGCCGUCAACGUGCCCAUUUGCAAGCAGCUCCUUUGCCCUGUGGUGACUCUGCGCCCUUCGAACGUGGCCAUCACGACCGGGCCGUGGUACCUGCCUGAGUCCAUCGUGCCAUGGUUCUGCCACCUCGUCCCACAUCCUGCCAACCAAGGCGUCCUUGUGGCCCUUGCACGGCACUGGCACAUCCUGUGUAACCUGCCACCAUACCCAACUGUGCAUGACGCAUUGCGCCCGCGGUGAGGGGCAGGUGCGCAAUGGUGCAGGCGCGGCGGCGGGGGUGGCGUGUGUUGCUGGCUGGGGGCAGGCACGGUGUGGACAGAUUGCUGUGUUGCAGCGCCGCCCGCGGUGGCUGCUUCGUCCGCACGAGCCCGUUAGAGACGCGGCAAGAUAGGUAUUCAUACAUACAGCAUUGCGCCCGCGGUGAGGGGCAGGUGCGCAAUGGUGCAGGCGCGGCGGCGGGGGUGGCGUGUGUUGCUGGCUGGGGGCAGGCACGGUGUGGACAGAUUGCUGUGUUGCAGCGCCGCCCGCGGUGGCUGCUUCGUCCGCACGAGCCCGUUAGAGACGCGGCAAGAUAGGUAUUCAUACAUACAGCAUUGCGCCCGCGGUGAGGGGCAGGUGCGCAAUGGUGCAGGCGCGGCGGCGGGGGUGGCGUGCAGGGCUCCUAUCUUAAUGUCGCCAGACAUUAAUUGGCCAUUUUGGCCGUUUCCUAGACAUUCCUCCCGGGGGCUAAUGUCUGGGGCGAGACUUUGUUGGCCCGGGUUUGGGGCGGGUUUUGUCCGAAUUCCUAUGGAGAAGCCCCCAAACCGCCAUGUGCCCAGACAAAAGACGGCGGCCACCCGGCCGUUUUUGUCUGGAGCUAGACAUUACCGCAAAAACAAGAUACGACCCCUGGUGGCGUGUGUUGCUGGCUGGGGGCAGGCACGGUGUGGACAGAUUGCUGUUUAGCAGCGCCGCCCGCGGUGGCUGCUUCGUCCGCACGAGCCCGUUAGAGACGCGGCAAGAUAGGUAUUCAUUCAUACAGCAUUGCGCCCGCGGUGCGCAAUGGUGCAGGCGCGGCGGCGGGGGUGGCGUGCAGGGCUCCUAUCUUAAUGUCGCCAGACAUUAAUUGGCCAUUUUGGCCGUUUCCUAGACAUUCCUCCCGGGGGCUAAUGUCUGGGGCGAGACUUUGUUGGCCCGGGUUUGGGGCGGGUUUUGUCCGAAUUCCUAUGGAGAAGCCCCCAAACCGCCAUGUGCCCAGACAAAAGACGGCGGCCACCCGGCCGUUUUUGUCUGGAGCUAGACAUUACCGCAAAAACAAGAUACGACCCCUGGUGGCGUGUGUUGCUGGCUGGGGGCAGGCACGGUGUGGACAGAUUGCUGUUUAGCAGCGCCGCCCGCGGUGGCUGCUUCGUCCGCACGAGCCCGUUAGAGACGCGGCAAGAUAGGUAUUCAUACAUACAGCAUUGCGCCCGCGGUGAGGGGCAGGUGCGCGUAUUGCGGCAGGAGGGAGCCCAGGUCCAAGCCGUAUUCGUCGGCGGGCAGGAGGGAGGUCCGGGUGGGAAAGCUGCGGGGGAGUCCGUAGCAGCGCUUUGCAAAACCAGCCAGGGUAGUGUCGAGCGUUGUUAUGUCCUGUUUUGUGAAGGGCAUUGCUGCGAAUCCAUAUGCAACUGUGGUGUGCACGCACUGUUGUAUCAUGCGCAGGCGUUGUGCCGGUGUCGCCAGGGAUGUGGCAAUGGCUGUGCCCUUGUCCUUCACAAUCUCGGUGACUCUUGCGACAUGUGCCGACCAGUCCAGCGAGAACGUCGUCGAGCGAGUUGGUGAGCGCCGCCAGGUCGUCUGCGUACGCGGCGGCACUGCAAUGGUAUUGCAGGUUUUCGCUGGGGGUCAGGCAGCCGUAGUGGUAGCCCCGUCCGCCCGCAUGGAGCCAGCGGACAAGAGGUUCCAUGAACAGAAUAAAGAGCACAGGUGAGAGUGUAUCCCCUUGCACGGUGCCUCGCUCUAUGGGAAUGGCGGAUGUGCUUCCGUGUUCGGUGCGGAUGCGGGUGGUCGCAUGUGCAUAUAGGUUGCGGACUGCGCGGAUCAGGUCCGUUGGCAGCCCAAGGUCGAACAUAAUUUGUAGUAGUCGGUCCUGGUCGAUUGUGUUAAACGCUGAGCUAUAGUCCACAUAUACUGCGUAGACGUCUUUUCCAAACAGUGCGGCAUCCUCAAGGGCAUGUACUAAAUUUAGGACCUGCCUUUCGGUGUUGCAGUAGGCACGGAAGCCUUCCUGCGCUUCACUGAAUAGCUGGAGGGGGCCAGCCAGUUCGCCAAUGCCCAAGGUAAGCAUGGACGUGUACAGCUUGUAGCAGGUAUUUGCGAGCGCAAUGGGCCGUUUGUUUUUUAUGUCCAGGGCGUCUCCAGGUUUGGGGAGUAGCACGGUCUCCGAUGCGGCCCAGGUUUCAGGUAUUUGUGACUUGACGUACAUGAUUUGCAGGAUACAGUGGAGGUUGCGCUUCAUGCCCGAUGGCAGGAUACGGAGCAGUUCGUUUGGUAUGCCGUCAGGGCCUGUCGCCUUGUUUCUGGAGAGGUAGGGCCUGGGGCCCUUGCGUGAGGUUUGUCAGUUGUGUCUUCAGGGCCACUUCCUUGUCCCAUAGGGGCUUUAGCACCCGUGCGGUGGAGCGUGAUGUGUGGUGUUUGCCAGUGAAGGGGGCUUUCCGGGUGCACUCUUCAAGGAGGCAUGUUAGCCCGGUGUCCAGUGCGGAGGCAAGUUGUUCUGCAAGUUGGUUGAUAUCGGCCUUCUGGAUGCUCGUGUCCUGCGCCAGGUCUCGGUGCAUGACGCUGGCGGGGUAGCCUGUGGGGUCCAUGCUGUGCCUCGUGAGUGCAUGUUCAAUUGAUUGCGUUGCCUGCCUUGUUGCGGAAUGCAGGUCGGCUGUUGCUUCCACCAAGGCUUCCUCAAGGCGGAUAGCUGCGGCGGCCAGUUGCUUUUGUGUGACGGGCAGGGCGACCUCGGCCCAUCGUUGUUGGGUCUGCUGCUGGGGGGCUGGGUUCCGGGCGCCGGCCUGUGGUGCCGGCCAUAGCUGUAGGUCCGCGGCUAGUAACUCUGCGUGGACUGGUUUGUGGUCAAAGUUGCCUGCAACUGUACUGGUGUAUUCACGCGCUUCUGUGCAUGCAGCGCGCGUGGCAGGGCAUAGGAGGAUGUCAUCGAUGCGACUGUGGUAUGGGGCCAUGCCCGGGCGUGAUUGUUCAUAUGACCAUUCGGCAGUGGUAGUGGUGUCUCCGCGGAUAGGGCGCAGGCCACUAUCGGCAAGGAACCGCUGUAUGUGUAGAUUGCCUUGCGGGUUUGCAUGUCCUCUGGUGCGUAGAUGCCCAGUACAGUGAGAGGCGUGCUCCCGGGGGUCUUAAUUUGAACGUGUGACACAUAGCCAUGGAGUGUUGGUGGGGGCGUGUGGUGUGUGACACAGCCGAGGUCACUGUACCGGGCGGAGAUGGCCACCGCUACACCAGCGCUACCGCGCGCUGUGGCCACGCGGGGAGUAGUGCUACAGUAGAGGCGGUAUCCUUCAUUUCGGAAGGCUCGCUUGAUAGAGUCAGUCUUCCCUGUCAGUUUUGUCUCGGUUAGGACAACUAUGUCGGCUUUCCACUGGGCUAGGUUGCAGAGGGUGAAGCUGAGGUUGCCGGGUUGGCCGGUGGACAGAAUUUCUGAGAGCAGUCCCCGUACAUUGUGGGUCACGAUGUGUAGGGUGGUGUUGCUGCUGGGGGGUCGCGUGUUUGUGUGUGCCUGGUUGGGUUCCAUGUGGGCAUGGUUGCGUGCAGUGGGCCGUACUAGCCAGUUAAGGAUAGUUUGUCGGGUGCCUGUCGUGUUGAGUCGGGGUGCUAUGCCAGCAUUUGCAUUGUGUGGCUGCGCGGCGGUGAGUUGUCUUGGGCAUUUUGAGCUGGCUCUGGUGCCGGCCUUCCUGUGGCGGCGGGCCCUGUCUGCACGGGUCUGGUGGCCUCCAUGUGGGGUGGCGGGCGUGGUGGCGGGACAAUCUCACGGAGUUGCCCAAGUGCAUCCUGAAGUGUUGCCGUGUCAGAUGCACGCACCGCGUCAAGGCACCAGACCUCCCCAUCGAGUGUGUUCCAAGUGUUGUCGUGUAAGACCGUGUUGUGGAUAGGGCUGUUCACCGAGUCUAUUACUCUCCAUUGUCCUGCUUCGUAACGCACAGCAAUUGUGUGUCGCACGGUGUACUGGUGGACGGUAAAGCCGCGAGUUCGGGCGGCUACCGGAAGGUUCUCUAGGACCUUUUCUUUGCUGAUGUCGCCAUUGAGUCGCGGAAAGUGGGUUCGGCGCAUGAUCAGCUUCCUGUUGGGGUAGGCGAAUAUGUUGCUGAUGGUGGCAUUGUGGUACAGGUAGUGGUUCAGGAGAAGUUCGCUGAAGGCGCCACUGUUGGGGCAGUAGCAGUCUUUCCAGAACAGGGCAUUCGGAUCCUGCGUGGCUGUAAGGUGAGCGUGCACUCGUUUAGCAUAAGAGAGGACAUCUAGGGGGUCGAGCCAUGCGAGCCCCAAAGAGUUGUUGAGGGCGUGGACACUGCAGAAGUGUUGCCGCUGUGGUUCACGGUAUGUGUUGUUGGAGUUUGGCGGCCAGUGCAGUGCGGGGUCGGGUAUGUUGAGGUAAAGGCUGUGCAGCGUGAGGGCCAGGGCUGCGCCCCAGAGUAGAAGGUGCCGCCGGUGCCAUGCAGUGGCGGUAACGUGUCUUGUUAUGUUAGCUGUUUGGCGGAGGAGUGCUGGGAGGCAAAGGGCGGCUAGGAUAGCCCCGAUUGCCAUUGUGUGUAGUAGUCCUAGGGCUGCUGGGAUGGCUGCCAGUCCUAGGGCUACGGCCAGGAUGCACAGGGGUGAGAGGGCGAGGGUGGUGAGCGUGGGGCCCAAGAUGAGCAGGCUGAGGAUCAGGCCGUUCAUGCAUGUGUCUGUUUGUGGCACUGCUGUGUGUGCUCUAGUUUGUAGGAGGUGUUUCCAGAGUAGGUAAACGGCAGUUGUCAUCUUACCGUCACCAUCCGGCCCACUAAGCCAGUGGACAGCAAACCCACUGGGCCAGUGGGCUUUGGUUGUCAUAUAACCACGUAACAUAACAAUCAACUAUACUAAUGCUAAAUUACAGUAUUGUCACUCCAGGCCGGUGCGACAGCUGGCCCCGACAACAUUCCGGGGACAUCUCGCGGGCAGUGCAGCUCGCUGGCACCAGAUACAGGGCAGCUGUCGAUGCAGUUGAUAUACAUAAGCAUCGUUAUGUAUUGUUUGCAGCUUUGGGGAUGCUAUGGCAGCUCAACUUUUGCGGGGACCCCGAUCACUAGCGCUUGGGCGGUGGCCCUUGGUGCGAGCGGUGCUUUCCUCGCUGCCAGCGAAACGUAAUGGGUAUUGCCGUGGGAGGCAGAUGCGCGGGGUGGGCCGUACUAGCCAGUUAAGGAUAGUUUGUCGGGUGCCUGUCGUGUUGAGUCGGGGUGCUAUGCCAGCAUUUGCAUUGUGUGCCUGCGCGGGUGCGGUAGUGUGGGGUGCUGCAUGCUGUGGCGCCCUGUGUGCUGCCCGCAGCGGUGAGUUGUCUUGGGCAUGUUGAGCUGGCUCUGGUGCCGGCCUUCCUGUGGCGGCGGGCCCUGUCUGCACGGGUCUGGUGGCCUCCACGUGGGGUGGCGGGCGUGGUGGCGGGACAAUCUCACGGAGUUGCCCAAGUGCAUCCUGAAGUGUUGCCGUGUCAGAUGCACGCACCGCGUCAAGGCACCAGACCUCCCCAUCGAGUGUGUUCCAAGUGUUGUCGUGUAAGACCGUGUUGUGGAUAGGGCUGUUCACCGAGUCUAUUACUCUCCAUUGUCCUGCUUCGUAACGCACAGCAAUUGUGUGUCGCACGGUGUACUGGUGGACGGUAAAGCCGCGAGUUCGGGCGGCUACCGGAAGGUUCUCUAGGACCUUUUCUUUGCUGAUGUCGCCAUUGAGUCGCGGAAAGUGGGUUCGGCGCAUGAUCAGCUUCCUGUUGGGGUAGGCGAAUAUGUUGCUGAUGGUGGCAUUGUGGUACAGGUAGUGGUUCAGGAGAAGUUCGCUGAAGGCGCCACUGUUGGGGCAGUAGCAGUCUUUCCAGAACAGGGCAUUCGGAUCCUGCGUGGCUGUAAGAAGUGUUGCCGCUGUGGUUCACGGUAUGUGUUGUUGGAGUUUGGCGGCCAGUGCAGUGCGGUGGGUGCCCGUGUGUGCAUGCUGGCCUGGGCGGGUUGUGCCGCUGGGCCGAUGGUCAGUGCGCCUCGUAGGGUUGGCUUGACAUAGUGUGCCGCAUGUGGCUGGUGAGGCACGUGCGCAAGCAGGAGAGAUUUGGUCUGGUUGGCACUCAGCAGGCUUGUGGCUACUGUCGGGCCCAGGAUUGCCAUGUGUGGCUUUUCCACACUACAGGGGUCGGGUAUGUUGAGGUAAAGGCUGUGCAGCGUGAGGGCCAGGGCUGCGCCCCAGAGUAGAAGGUGCCGCCGGUGCCAUGCAGUGGCGGUAACGUGUCUUGUUAUGUUAGCUGUUUGGCGGAGGAGUGCUGGGAGGCAAAGGGCGGCUAGGAUAGCCCCGAUUGCCAUUGUGUGUAGUAGUCCUAGGGCUGCUGGGAUGGCUGCCAGUCCUAGGGCUACGGCCAGGAUGCACAGGGGUGAGAGGGCGAGGGUGGUGAGCGUGGGGCCCAAGAUGAGCAGGCUGAGGAUCAGGCCGUUCAUGCAUGUGUCUGUUUGUGGCACUGCUGUGUGUGCUCUAGUUUGUAGGAGGUGUUUCCAGAGUAGGUAAACGGCAGUUGUCAUCUUACCGUCACCAUCCGGCCCACUAAGCCAGUGGACAGCAAACCCACUGGGCCAGUGGGCUUUGGUUGUCAUAUAACCACGUAACAUAACAAUCAACUAUACUAAUGCUAAAUUACAGUAUUGUCACUCCAGGCCGGUGCGACAGCUGGCCCCGACAACAUUCCGGGGACAUCUCGCGGGCAGUGCAGCUCGCUGGCACCAGAUACAGGGCAGCUGUCGAUGCAGUUGAUAUACAUAAGCAUCGUUAUGUAUUGUUUGCAGCUUUGGGGAUGCUAUGGCAGCUCAACUUUUGCGGGGACCCCGAUCACUAG